AGGGGGCGCGCCGGGGUCGCCGAGAGGCGGGCGCAGUGGUGGGGUCUGGCGCUAGCGGGGCGGCCCCAGAGGCCGUCGCCUCACUUCCGGGAACGCCUGGGAGCCGCGGUCGCCGCCCUUUAGGGCGCUGCCAGACGGCCGGCGCGGGCCGCAGAGCGGGUGAGCGCGCAGGCCAGGCCAAAGCUGGUGCGGGCGCGGCGCCGGCCUCGGUCUGCGGCUAUGGGGGCGUCCGCGCGGUUGCUGCGCGCGGUGAUCAUGGGGGCCCCAGGCUCAGGCAAGGGCACCGUGUCGUCGCGCAUCACCAAACACUUCGAACUGAAGCACCUCUCCAGCGGGGACCUGCUCCGGGACAACAUGCUGCGGGGCACAGAAAUUGGCGUGUUAGCCAAGGCUUUCAUUGACCAAGGGAAACUGAUCCCAGAUGAUGUCAUGACUCGGCUGGCCCUUCAUGAACUGAAAAAUCUCACCCAGUAUAACUGGCUUUUGGAUGGUUUUCCAAGGACACUUCCACAGGCAGAAGCUCUAGAUAGAGCUUAUCAGAUCGACACAGUGAUUAACCUGAAUGUGCCCUUUGAGGUCAUUAAACAACGCCUUACUGCUCGCUGGAUUCAUCCUGCCAGUGGCCGAGUCUACAACAUUGAAUUCAACCCUCCCAAAACUGUGGGCAUUGAUGAUCUGACUGGAGAGCCUCUUAUUCAGCGUGAGGAUGAUAAACCAGAGACGGUUAUCAAGAGACUAAAGGCUUAUGAAGACCAAACAAAGCCAGUCCUGGAAUAUUACCAGAAAAAAGGGGUGUUGGAAACAUUUUCUGGAACAGAAACCAACAAGAUUUGGCCCUAUGUAUAUGCUUUCCUACAAACUAAAGUUCCACAAACAAGCCAGAAAGCUUCAGUUACUCCUUGACGAGAAAUGUGUGUAACUAUUAAUUGUAAGAUGGGCAGACCUCCUAGUCCUUGCAUUUAGAAGCUGCUUUUCCUAAGACUUCCAGUAUGUAUGAAUUAUUUGAAAAUUUUAUUACUUUUAUUUCUAUUGAUUUUAUUCUGGAUACUAAGAAUGUGCCAAAUGAGUCAGAUACUAAGAUUCAUCCUUUGAAAUCAACUAGUAUGUUGAUUUCAGUUAUCCUCAAAAAUAUCAAUGAUGUCUGAACUUUUAAAACAUGUUAGAGCAAAAUUAAAAGAGCAUUUGUUAGUAAUCUAACAUUUUGUUCAGUUAAUAAGUGGUCAGUAAAGUUUCCAUAUUUUUCUGGAAAACUAAAAAAUGUUACAUGUCAUUUGGGGAAAAUGUCAGAAAUUUUUGCCUAGAAUGAUGCCAAAAAAAGACAUUUCUAGCAUUUUGGAACAUGGUGAGACACUAUAUAAAAUUCCAGAAAGAAAGCAACUGGAUUUAUAGAUUUGUUGUAAGACACAAAUUCACUGCUGCCUUUACCCUAAGAAAUGUAUAUGCUAACCACAUAUGCUGUAUUUAUUUUGUUGUUAACCAUACUUUGUUUACUCAGAAUUUUCAAUAUGCUAUAAAAAUUUAUCAAUUCACAUAAAGAAAAAUCUUACUUUAAGAUGACUUGUUUCCUUUGAAAAUGCAUGUGUACUGAGGGUUAUGAUUUAUGUCAGAAAUUGACAUUGUAAGUCCUUGGACAAGCACCAGAGUUGAAUGAAUUUUCAACACAAUGUAAUUAAAGUCUGUUUUCAGAUAUGUUACUUAGGUUAAGAAAUGUGUUUUAGGAUCUACUUGCCAGUUUCUCUUUUUUUUUGAUCCAAAUGAUUGAUCGGCCCUGAUAAAAUAACGUUAUGGUACCAU